AUGGAGGACCAAGAAUGUUCAGAUUCAUACGCGCCGUCGGAGAUGACCCCGCGGCAGGACACCAGGGAUAUUUUCACUUGCUCUGAGCUCUUCCAGAAGCCCAUUGUGAUCAAUCUACUCGAAGAGUUUAGGGAGAACGAGAAUGCCGAGGAGGAGGAAGAGGAAGAAGAAGAGGAGGAAGAGGAAGAAGAAGAGGACGAACUGGAGGAGGAAGAAUUCGACGCGUUGCCUGAACUCCACAAGCCCGGCGAAGGCUUCGAGUCCCACGCAUUCCACGAGGCCGGUGAACUCCACGAGCUCUAUGAGCCCCGCGCAUCCCACAAGCUCCAGGGGUCGCGUGUGCCCCACAAACUCCGCAAGGCCCGGGAGCCCCUCGAGCUCCACGAGGCAGAUAAAGAUGAGUUGCUUCCCAGCGCUACGUUGAUAAUAUCCCCGUCCCUGGUCACCAGAUGCCGGCCAAAGCUUCAGCUGUCUUGCCUGAGCGCAAACCCUGUGUCCUGUGACUUUGUAAGGAAAUGUUUUUUUUCUAGAAAAAGAAUUCAAGAUCUUUCUAGACCUAAAAGACAAUGGGGAACGCCAGAUAGAAGCCUAUUUUGGGGAAAUCAAGAUCCUAUUCGGCGUAUUCCUGAGAAUGCUUUGAAGGCUCAGCUCACCAAGAGGCUUGAGGACCUUGCUCAGCCUAAGAAGUUUUCACACCACUAUGUUCCCAACAGGGCUCAAUAUUUCUAUGGCUGUGGAAGAGAGUCUGUCAUUUGGAAGAUCCCCCCUUCUGCAUUGCUUACCCAGCCCUCCAGAAGGAUCCAGAGGCUGGCACAGCCCAAUAGAUUCAAAAGACAGAAUCUAUCGGAUAGGCCCACCAGUGAGUACUUAACAAGAGGGUCUCAUCGCUUCUCUGAUCCUUCUCCCCGGAUUUUGCAGCUCUCAGUAGCCAAAGGCAUAGAUCCAAACUAUGUUCCUCCAAAAAGCACUGAAACCAGGGUUUCAGUUCCUGCUCUGAGUGCUGUUGCAACUCCAAGAACUGUAGACCUUGCCCACCCAAGAAUCAAGUUAGAGGGUUUGUGCUAUGAAAGAGAAAGAAGUGAACUGCCCAUCCGUCCUGUGGCCGCUGCUGCCAUGUUUGCUACACCAAGCCCCCGAACGAUAGUUCUGGCCAAGUCCAAAGCUGUCCAUCCGGAUUGUCUGCCUGCCCGUGACGCCCAGUGGCCAGUGUCUUAUGCUGCCAUCCAUUCGAGGGUAUCUCCCAGAAUCCAGGAACUGGCUAAUCCAAGUACCAGGGCUGCUGUGAAUAUAGUAUAUUAUGAUCCUGACGCCUUUAAAGUGAAGCCAGCUACUUUGAAAGCACAUUGUUCUUCGAGGGUCCAGGAGUUGGCAAAACCUAUUACACAAUUUCAAGGCGAGGCCCAGGCGUGCUUGGUUCCAAAAGCUGCCCAGGCCCCUCCUGUGGAGCAGCAGUGCUCCGACUUUAGCUGUGCAAUCAUCGCCAGGAGGACUUGCUAA